AUGGACGAGAACAAGUCACUACCUCUCCAUGUUACAGGAAUACUCAUUUAUCGUAUACAAAGACAAGUUGAAUUUUUAUUUUUAAACGAUACUUUUUCUCACAAAAAACAUUGGACCGCACCGAAGGGUACAGUAAUUCGUCAAGAAGACGAAGUAAAAUGCGCUCUUCGUAAUACUAUUGAAAUAACUGGUCUUUCCGUAAAAGAUUUAAGAAUAGAAGAAGAUUUUAGAGCUGAAAUAACUUAUCUUUCCGGAACGCGACCCAAACGAGUUGUUUAUUAUCUUGCACAAGUAUCAGAUCAUGCUCGCGUUUAUACUACUGGUGAAGGUCUUAAUAUCGCGUGGCUAUCUAUUAAUAAUGCCAUGGAAAAGGCAUUAUAUAAAAGCAUGCAAGAUGUUAUCAAAAAAGCAACAAUUUUUAUUGAAAACAAUAAACCUCCUAAGAAUACUGAAUCUUUACAAAGGUCUAGAAUUGAUAAACAUCAAAUCACCGGCGAUAGGUUAGAUCAUAAAAUGAAAAAUUUAAAUUUGGCUUUACCUUUAGAUUCUCAACGUCAAGCAAUGUCUGAACAAAGACUUAAGCUUGUACGUAAACAACAACGUCAAAAUCAGAAUCAAUCCGAAAAGAAUAGUGGAAUUGUAAAUGGAAAUGGAAAUAAUGGUGGUAAUGGACCAAAUAAUGGAUUCGCAUCACCACUUCACUCCCCUGUUAUGCAAUUUGAAAACCCACUUUAUAAAACAAGAUUGUGUGAGCGUUUUGAAACUGAAGGGUAUUGUCCAUAUGGUCCCAAAUGCACUUUUGCUCAUGGCACCGUUGAAUUAAGAGAAAGACCGGCAAAUGCAGAGGAGAAGAUUGAUACGCCUCCUACUGCAAAAGAUGGCCCUGAUAAUCCUUUAUAUAAAACUCGUUUAUGUGAAAGAUUUAUGAAAGAAAGUUUUUGUCAGUAUGGGCCUAAGUGUAAUUUUGCGCAUGGGGAACAUGAAUUAAGGGAUAGACCAAAUAAUCCCGCCACGAGUAAUCCUCGUGGAGGAGAUAAUGGUGGUGAACGCCAAUCUCCUGAACCUCAUCCGCGUCUUAAUGGUAGUAAUAAUAUCGAACCUGAAAGGAGGACUGUUCCCGUAAGUCCCGGAAUUGGAGGAGGAUUUCGUUCUGAAAUCCAGAAUGGUAUUUUAGGACGUAUUCCGAUUAUUGCGAAUUCUGAUUCGCAUUCUAAAGUACAUAACAGUGCUCAUGUAGAAGAAUCAAAACCCGAAACGCUUGAAGAAGAUAAAAAAGUGGAAAGAUUUCCUGAAGAAAAUAGAGAGGAAGAUGAACACGAGUCCAAAGAAAAACAUAAUGAAUCGAAAGAAAAUGAUGAACAUCGUGAGUUAAAGGAUAGUAAGGAUUUAUCCGUUACCCCUUCCACGGUGUCUUGUAAACCCAUAAGCGGCUCUAAACGUCGUUCUGGAAAAGAUAUUAUCAGUGUGGAUGAAAAGCCAUGGAUGCAAGUUGUUGAACUGUCUAAUGUUGAACUAGAACAACUAGGAAAGAUUAAAAAGGUAGAUCAUGCACCUUCAUCCGAUAGUAAACGCUCUCAUGAUGAUAUUAUUAUUGCAGAUUUGAAAAAAUUUUUUGUUCAAUCAAGAGAACAAAAUAAAUCAAUAUCAGAUGAAAUUAAAGAAAUUACAUUAAUUGAAACAAGAAAAGAUUUAUCCAAAUUUCAAUUAUUUAAUGUUUUACUUCCAAGUAUGUAUGAUGAUAUUUCAUGGGAUGUUGUUAAUAAAGAUUUAGUACAAAAAGAAAAAUUAUUUAAAACGUUUAUUCGAGGAAGCCAAGAUCAAGUUACAUUUUUAAGAUCAUGGGAAAAAUAUUUAAAUACACGUAAUGUUAAAUUAUUAUCGAAGGCUGCUUUACUUUUUAAAUCUUUUUAUGAUAAAGAUUAUGUUGAAGAAGAUUCUGUAUUGGAAUGGUAUAAUCAAGCUAAGGAUACUAGCGAUGUAAAGAAAAGAUGUGCUGUAUUUGUUGAAUGGUUAAAAAAUGCUGAAGAAGAAGAUUAA